AAAGGUAAUUGAAAUCAACCCUAAGCUCUUUUUAUUUUCACUCUAAGGGUAGCCCCGAUUAUUGUUGACUUAAGUAUCGGACUGUCUACCCGGAGUUCCACCUCGGGGCUUUGCAGGUCAAUUCGGAGUGCAGACGCGGACUGAAGAAGGACUUCUGGUUUGGUGCGAUUACAUUUGGCGCCGUCUGUGGGAAACCGAACUGAAAGCUCUUUUUUUGCUCUCUCAUCAUGGUUAAUACUCGAUCAGUUCGAGCUAGAAACUCAUCUCAGCCUCUUGGACGAGGUCAGGUCCCCAGCAACCUUCCACCUCACCUCCCACCUCUGAUCCCAAAUAUGUUCCCUCCUGUUGAUCAUGCAGAAAGAGGAGAUGAAAAUCAACCACACAAUUCAACUCACAACUCAGCUUCCACGGCCAACCAAGACCUCUUAGUUCGGAGCAACCCUGGUGAUCCCCUCAUCAAUUUACUUAACCCUGCUCCACAACCCCCAGCUCCACAACAAAACCCUGAACCAGUUCAGCAUGCUCCUGCUCUUAGUGAAUCUCAAGGUCAAUCUCACAUAGCACCAGCUCAGCAACCCCUUCCUGAUGAUGUCACUCGACGUCUAGACAGCUUAGAAAAGCUAGUAGCUGAACAGCGAGGUGCCCCACCUCCACACCAUGCUGCUGACUCCAUACCCCACCCUUUGAACACCAACAUCACAUUAGAACCCUACCUUGCUAGCUUUAAGAUACCUCAGCUUGAGACUUAUGAUGGGACGAAGGAUCCCGAUGAUCACCUACAUGCUUUCCACUCUUGCAUGCAGGCUCAGAACGCCUUUGACCCGUUGAUGUGCAAAAUCUUUCCCUCUACUCUCCGAGAAAUGACAUCUGCUUUUGCCACAAAGUUUUCCAGUAGAAGGUUGAUCGGGAAAACUACUUCUGAACUGAUGCGAGUUAAACAGAGGGAUGGAGAAUCUUUGAAGAAUUAUAUGAGCAGAUUCAAUGAUGCAGUACUGGAAGUUAGCUUCUUCGACCAGGCUGUGGGAAUUGCAGCUGUGAUCUCAGGUCUUAACCAUGAGAGAUUCAGAGAUAGUCUGCUCAAGCAUCCUGCCACCACCUUUAGCGAGGUGAACGCUAGAUCUUUGACAUUCAUAACUGCUGAGGAGCAUGCCUUGUCGCAGAAGCCAACUCCCUCUAAAAACCAAAACCCAAACUGGAGAGAUGAAAAUCCGAGCAGGAAACGGAUGAGGAUAGCACAGAAUCGAGGUCCGAUGUCGACCUCCACACCGAGAUUCGGAAGGCCGAACUCAUCACCUCCACAACAGUCUGAAGGUAAACCUCCAGUUACUUGGACCCCAUUUAACUUGCCGAGGUCACAGAUCUUUAUGCAGAUUAAGAACAAUAUGGACUUAAGGCGUCCUGGUCCAAUGAGAACUGUUGCUGCUAGCCGAGAUCAUACUAGAUAUUGUGAUUUUCAUCAAGAUCACGAUUAUACAACAGAACAAUGCAACAAUCUGAGAGAACAGGGACCACAACCUCAAGGAACCCAUAAUUCACCGAACAGGCAAGGAGUGGGACAUCAACAAGCCCCACCUCCUCUUCCACCACCAGCGAGAAUUAUACACAUGAUUACAGGAGGAUUGGAAGCAGGGGGGAUGAGCUCCAAACAAAGAAAGUUACAUGUCAGAGAGGUCAAGCACCAGAACCGAGCUCAAAAAAGGAAAAUUGAUGAUGCUGACUGGAAAGAUCAACCAAUCACUUUUACACCUGCUGAUUUUAAAGAGGUGGUAACACCUCACAACGACCCUUUGGUCAUCUCUGUAAUGAUCAACAACUAUCAAGUCCAGCGUGUACUUGUUGACACUGGCAGUGCACCUAACAUCAUGUACUACCACUGUUUUGAAAGCCUAGGGCUCGACCUAGCUCUGCUACAGCAUUAUGAUGGUCCUAUAUAUGGCUUCAACAACCAACCAGUUCUAGUCGAAGGGGUCCUAACCAUGAACGUUGCAUUUGGAAGUGGUCGAACCUAUGUGACCCCUUCAGUUCGGUUUCUGGUGGUCAAGAUGCCUUCCUCUUUCACCAUUGUCAUUGGCCGGCCCACAUUAACAGAGAUCCGAGCUGUGAUCUCUCAAUCUCAUCUCUGCAUGAAAUUUCCAACCCCUAUGGGAAUUGCAACACUCAAAGGUAACCAGGAAGUGGCCAGACACUGCUAUCUCACUUCGGUUACAAGACCACAAAAAAACAAGGACCAACCAGCAGAGAACCCUCCACCGAAAAUCCACAACAAUCGACAAGUGAUGGGGGUCGAAAUCCUUGAUAACCGACCUAAGGAUGAAACCCGAGCUGCUUCGGGUGAAGAUGUUGAGGAGGUACAGAUUGAUGAAACAAACCAGAAUAAGAAAACACAGAUAGGAACGCGGCUAAACCCCGAGGAGAGAGCAGAGCUGAUAACCUUUCUCCCAGCCAAAAAAGAUGUUUUUGCAUGGACCUCAGCAGACAUGCCGAGAAUUCCCACCUCGGCAUGUCCAAAAGACUGUUACCCAAUGCCAAACAUUGACAAGCUGGUUGAGGCAGCUUCUGGAAAUGAGAGAUUAAGUCUCUUGGAUGCAUGCUCUAGCUAUCACCAAGUCCUGGUGGCUCUUGAGGAUGAAGAGAAAACCUCAUUCUAUGCCGGAGACGAAAUCUACUGCUACGUGAUGAUGCCCUUCGGCUUAAAGAACGCAGCUGAAGAUCAUUUAACUGACCUCGAGGAGACAUUCAACAAUCUUAGAAAGAACAGAAUGAGGUUGAAUCCAGCAAAAUUUAUCUUCGGUGUGGAGUCUGGAAAAUUUCUAGGCUUCAUGGGGAUUGAGGUUAACCCCGAGAAGAUCAAAGCAGUGGCUGAAAUGGAACCACCAAACUCACCCCCUUUGUUGAUAAAGGCCAAUGAUGGAGAAAUCCUUUACCUGUACCUCGGCAUAUCAGAUGAAGCCAUCAAUUCUGUGCUAGUGAGAGAAGAGGGGAAGCAACAGAAGCUAGUUUAUUACACCAGCAGUGUGUUACAUAGAGCUGAGAUCAGAUAUUCUAUUGUUGAGAAAGCAACCUUAGUAGUUGUCACCUCGGCUAGGAAACUGAGACCAUAUUUCCAAUCACACUCGAUCAUAGUCCUCAUAGAUCAACCCCUCAGACAAAUUUUACAGAAGCCAAAAUGCUCAGGAAGAUUGAUUAAAUGGGUAGUUGAGCUUGGAGAAUUCGAGAUAACAUUUCAACAGAGGUUAGCAAUUCGAGCUCAGGCUCUUGCAGAUUUCAUCGUAGAAUGCACCUCGGCUCACUCUGAUUCCCAGCCCGGGCUAGACAGCUGGAUUCUGUAUGUUGAUAGAGCAUCAAGUAACAAAGGUUCUGGCGCUGGUGCAAUCCUACUUGGCCCAGAUGGGUACAGAAGUGAACAUGCUCUGAAAUUUAACUUCAAUGCAACAAACAAUAUGGCUGAGUAUGAGGCUCUGCUACUUGGCUUACAGUUGGCAAUUGAACUGAAGGUUGUAGCGAUACAAAUAUACAGUGAUUCACAACUAGUAGUCAAUCAGGUCAACUCAGUCUGUGAAGUAGUUGAUCCUGUUAUGAUGAAGUAUGCAACUCUGGUGGCCGAGUUGAAAUCCAAAUUCCAUAAAUUCCAUUUGAGCAAAAUACCCCGAGCUGAAAAUGAGCAAGCAGAUUCCCUCUCCAAAUUUGCUUCUGAUGGCAACCAAAGCUCUAGAUCGAUUUUUGUUGAAAUUCUGGACGAGCCUAGUUUCCUAAAGCCAAAAAUAAUGGAAAUUAGCACAGAUCCCAAUACACCGAGCUGGACAGAUCCAAUUAUCUCAUUUUUACGAGAUGGCACAGUGCCUGCAGAUGAACAUGAAGAAAUGAGGUUGAGGAAGAAAGCAUCUCGGUACACCUUUAUUAAUGAAGUCCUCUAUAAGAGAUCUUUCUCACUCCCUCUACUCCGCUGCUUGAACCCUUAUGAGGUUGAAUACGCACAUCGGGAGGUGCAUGAAGGUGUCUGCGGAAGUCACAUUGGUGCUCGAACUUUGGCUCAUAAAGUCCUUAGACAAGGAUAUUACUGGCCCAAUAUGUAUAAAGAUGCCACUCAGUUCGUACAGAGGUGUCAGAAAUGUCAGUUCUUCGCAGAUCUAAUUCAUCAGCCAGCAGAAAAGCUUACUACUCUGAUAGCACCUUGGCCAUUUGCUCAGUGGGGACUUGACCUUUUAGGUCCAUUUAUGAAGGGGGUCGGAGGUGUAACCCAUCUGAUUGUUGGUGUGGAUUAUUUUACGAAAUGGGUUGAAGUUCAGCCAUUAUCCAGUCUUACCUCCAAGAAGGUCGAAGACUUUGUUUUCAGUUCAAUCAUCUGCAAAUAUGGGAUCUCGAAUCAGAUUGUGGCUGAUAAUAAAACUCAGUUCAACUGCUCCUCAUUCAGAGAUUUCUGCUCUAGUUAUGGGAUCAAAUUGCAAUUCACCUCGAUGUACCACCCGGAAUCUAAUGGGAUGGUAGAAUCUGUCAACAAGGUAUACAGAACCACGAGCCGAACUACCACAGGUGAAACACCGUAUCAUUUGGCCUUUGGUACAGAAGCAUUCAUUCCUAUCGAGAUAGAAGUCCCAAGCUUCAGGGUCACCCAUUUUGAUGAAGAACGAAAUGGACAACUGCUUCGUGAGAACCUUGAUCUGCUUGACGAAGUCAGAGAAGAAGCUCAACUUCGAACUCUAGUUUACAAGCAGAAAAUAGCAAACUUCUACAACAAACGAGUUCGACCCCGAACAUUCAAAAUAGGAGACCUUGCUCUCAAGAAAGUUGGUCUAACGGGGUUUGAAACUCGAUUCGGAAAGUUAGCACCAAACUGGGAAGGCCCUUACACUGUAGCCGAAGUGUCGCACCCAGGUGCUUAUAUCCUAUGGGACACUAAAGGCAAAAGGGUUCCUAGAGUCUAGAAUGUCAAUAACUUGAAGAAGUUUUACCCUUAAUACACUUCUUUCCAGUGAACUUCGUCUUAUUUUUAUAAUCGUCAUUAUUCUCUCUCUUUCUGCUCAAUGUAUAUACGAGCUCAAUUCAUUUAUCUCAUUAAUGAAUUUCACUUCACAUU